AUGGGCUUGCUGAAGAAAAAGGAACCAACUUCUGCUCGCUCCUCUACUUCGCCCUGCGCUGAUUUGCGAAACGCUUACCACAACUGCUUCAAUAAAUGGUAUUCGGAUAAGUUUGUGAAAGGGCAAUGGGAUAAAGAGGAGUGUGUUGCCGAGUGGAAAAAGUACAGAGAAUGUCUCUCGGAGCAUUUAGAUGGUAAGCUCCUCACUCGCAUUUUGGAGGUCGAUGGUGAGCUAAAUCCUACUACAAAGCAAGCUGAUUUAAAAGAAUCUAGUUGA